UCUGCGCUGAAUCCUCACCCAUUCAGCGAACUGAUCUGAAUAGCAGAGAACUUGCCUCCAUCAAAGGAAGGACACAAAUAAUCAACAGCCUGCGAUAUUCCACAGGAGGACCAGAGAGAGCUUUUCAUCGACUUUUGAAAAGAGAAAGGACUUGAAUUUGGAGCAACUUGAAGAAAAACUCUGACCACAAUGGUGUCUGCUGGGUUCCAAAUUCUGGGUUCAGCCCUGGGAAUCAUUGGCUGGAUUGGAGCGAUCAUCGUGUGUGCCCUUCCCAUGUGGCGGGUCAGUGCUUUUAUUGGCAACAACAUUGUCACCUCACAGAUCUUCUGGGAAGGUAUCUGGAUGAGCUGUGUGGUCCAGAGCACAGGCCAGAUGCAAUGUAAAGUCUAUGACUCCAUGCUUGCCCUCAGCUCUGACCUUCAAGCUGCCCGAGCCCUGACUGUCAUUUCCGUUGUUGUGGGCAUCUUGGCUAUUCUGCUUUCUGUGGCCGGAGGGAAAUGCACCAACUGUGUGGAGGAUGAAGAGUCAAAAAGGAAAGUGGGAAUCACAGCUGGGGUCAUGUACAUUAUAGCUGGAGUCCUCUGCCUCAUCCCUGUCAGCUGGACAGCCUCCACCAUCAUACAAGACUUCUACAACCCUAUGUUGACCACUGCCCAGAAGAGAGAGAUGGGUGCUGCAUUGUACAUUGGAUGGGGUGCCGCUGCUUUGAUGAUAAUCGGAGGGGGGCUGCUUUGUGCUAACUGCCCCAAGGAAGAAAAAAACUACAGUGCGAGGUACAAAGCUGCUAUGUCCGACCGAUCAGGACCAACAUCUGGGAAAGGCUACGUCUGAAACGGGGAAUUUUUACUGGGACAGAUGCUUUGGAAUUUGUGUGCUGUGUGUGUUGAUUUUUCAGGUCACUUGAUGAAAUGUGGCUCCUUUUGGGAGUGUUUGAGAGCAAGUUAAGGAACCACACCCAAAGAGAAACUCUGUGUAUUUGACUUACUUCUAUAUAUGUGGCUAAUGAACAUAAAAAAGUUGCUAACAAGUCUAGUGUGUAUUCUAUACCCUGAAGGUUUUUUUUUAAUAAAAUGUUCACUUCA